AUGUCUGACUACUUAAAAAAAUUUCUUGUAAUUCAGCCUGGAGACUGGCCUGCGCAGUUUUACAGUAGACAGAUUAUUUACGAAACGCUGCAAAAAUACUAUCGAUCCUCCCCCGAUACACUUCAUGGUACACCCAUUCCUACGGAUCAUGAAUAUACAACACCAUUUAAUUCUGGAUAUCGUCAGUGGGCAACCGCCGAAGAAAGUCCUGCACACAUCAAUAGUCAGCCUGCCAUCUUAUCUCUUAUUCCAUGUAUAGGUCCUCUUCACAUCUCUCUGAACGGCAGAGAAACAGUAUUUAAAGAUUUUGUGGGCUUCUUUGAAAAUAUUUACAAUAAUCUUUUUCCCAGAAGCAAGUUGCCAAAAACUCCCAGGCCAUGGCGCAUUAGUCUUAUUCUUGAAGUCGUUUAUGGAGGCUGGCUGUUUAUCAGGGAAGCUGUGAAAGAAAAAUUCAAAGUUUGUAAAGACAUAGAGUACAUGACAUUGCUAAACUUGUUAGACAAUUACAUACCACUUGUUCUGACAAUUUACAGCACAUCGUUCAAGCUAAACAACUUCUUUGAAUACUUCAAUGCAGUGAUACGAAUAUGGACGAUGUUCAUGUGUCUCGAGCGGCAUCAUUAUGACAAGGCUCCUCUUGUCUGGAUAGCGAUGUGUACUUACUGGGGGAUAAAUAACCCUGACCUAUAUCUCAUGCUUCGUUUGUUUUUAGUUAUUUUUGAUGAGUACCCUGUCGAAAAUGCCCAUAGCAUCAUUAGAUCAAAGACAAGUGACAGUGACACAAUUGAACAGAUGCAGCAGAAAGCAAAGGCUUCAUUUCAAUCAAAAGUAGCGCAGCAUUCAUUUAAAUCUUAUUUUUCCCCUCCUUCUAGCUUUACCUUCAGUGCUAACCAGCUGAAAUAUCUAAAAAUGAAGUGUGCAGCAUUAAUUUCUUCAAUAUUCAUAAAGAUAGCCCAGAAUCCGGGAAAAGGGGAAUUCAGAGGCAAGGGGAAAAGCCUGAGGGUGGUUUUGCCAAGAAUCUUUGGACCAGACCCUGUUAAAACCAAAAUACUUCCUCUAGGCUAUUGCUCUGAGAUUAAGCCUGAUCCCGACAAGAUAUGCGACAUGCCAGGUUGUACUGUAACAAAUGAUGCUGAGUGGGUUCUCCUUGAAGGAUGUUCUCACUCAUUUCACCUCACUUGCCUCUCAGAAAUCCAACACUGCCCACUGUGCCAAAAAUUUAUACAGCAAAAAGCAGAUAGCCUGGGAACCACAGCAAAGAAUGCAAUCCUCAACCCCAAAAACAGAAACACAGAGAAAAACAAAGGCAGUGAUUCAGUAACACCACAAGAUGAAUCUAACUUGCUUGACACAUCAAAGGAACCUACAUGUAAUGUACCUAACAGUGAAAUAAAGGAUUUGGAUGCCAAUAUUACUUACUUGAUCAAUCAAAUAUCUACCUUAUCACCUAUUGCCCCUCCAUCACAAAGGAAACACUCUAAACAACAGCAACCCACUACAGUUACUAAACCAGCCCACUGUAAGAAGUGCGGCCAUCUAGUCAAAGGGCAUAAAAGACCAAAAGGAAAUCAAGUUAAGUGUGAGCAGUGUCCUGGGGGUAUAUGCACAUCUACUGAUGCUGAUAGAUGCAAUUGUAACUGUGAGUGGCACAGUACAGACACAUCGCAACAACUUCACUCAAUCACUAACCAGCAAGUGUUACAAACACCCACUAAUCAACUAGCUCUUCACGUCACACUCCAUGGCAGUGUUAAAGAAUGGUUAUUACCACCUCAAAUUUGUCAGUCUAUGAUUUUUGGUGUUCCAAUAGGAAGUAAUGCAUGUACCAUCAUAGCAACAAUU